CCGGCGCCGGCCGCGUGCGCCGCGGGCGACACGGGCAGCGGCAGCGAGGCGGCGACGCCCCGCAGCUCCUCCUCUCGUGUCGGCAGCGGGAGCGGCAGCGGGAGCGGCAGCGGCGCGGCCUCCGUCAGCGGCGGCAGCGUCGGCGGCGCGAGCAGCGCGAGCGGCGGCAGCCGCGGCAGCCGCGCGAGCAGCGGGGUCGACCCCGUUGUCAUGUCGCACAUGGACUGCUGCGACGCGACGGCCAGCCUGGACCUGUGGAGCAGCCUGCUGCCGCUCAGCAGCGCGAGCGCAGCGCUGGAGGCCGCGGCAGAGGGGGAGGGUCUCGACUACAUCGCGACGUGA